AUGGGGUUUGCAAGAGCUUUGAUGAUCAUUGUUACCUCAAUGCUAGUGGGUUGCUCCUCAGCUUUGGAUGAAUCGGGAGUAAUUUACGUGGGUGGAAAAGUGAUGUGCCAGGACUGCACUCGGGGCUGGAACGAAUGGGUUAAUGGUGGCAAACCUAUGAAAGGGGUUAAGGUGUCCCUAACAUGCAUGGACAAGAGAAGCCGGGUUGUGUAUUAUACAAGUGACACAACAGAUGAGUUAGGGCAGUACGACUUGAGUGUUAAAAAGUAUGUCUAUGGCAAGGAAUUGGAUACAAAAGGAUGCUCAGUGAGGUUGGUGUCGUCUCCAGAUAACGUUUGCAACCUCCCCACCGACUUUGGUGGUGGAAAUUCUGGCGCCAAGCUCAACAACCCUACAUCAGUUUAUCGCAGUUUGAUCAAAUACAUGAUCAAUCCUUUUUAUUACACCACCCCUAUGUGCGAUAAACCUGACACUGAGGUCUCUGAUUCUGAACCUCAAGAUUACCAUGGACCAGGAGGCUAUUACUAA